AUGAAGACACGCAAACAAGCGAAAGCGCUCGCAGACAAAGGAGUCCCUCCUACACCGCCCCAGGAGCUUCCGCAGACACGCCGCGGCCGUCCUAGCCGAUCUACCUCCGUAGAGCCACAUCCCUCAUCACGACCCACUGGAGUCAAGAAACCUGCCGCGAAAGCCCAGAAGCCAAGCAAAGGCCGCAAAGCUAAGACUGAAGCUUCUACAGCUAAUACUGUUAUCCCACAGACACAGAACGAUGUCACCACCACGCAGUCGGACACCGACCGCAAUGAUCAAUCUGAUGAAUUCUCAUCAAGAGCUCAAAGCGCAUUACCCGAAGAUGUUAUCAUGGAAGAGAACGAAGAGGAUAGAGAGGAAGAUGAGAUUAUGGAGGACGAGGAUGUUGAAGAGGACACAGAUGUUGUGAUGGACGAGGAUGAGAGGGACAGAGUGCGACGAUCCAUCUUGCGUGACUUGAUGCCCCAGCCAAGCCCACUAGGUCGCCUGGAGACACGACCGAUGUCGCAAGAGCAUGGUGAGGAAUCCCGUUUUCUUCAGACCCCUUAUGGACCUGCUCCCAUAGCAGUAAGGAACCCCCAAGAUGCCCAUGCACGUGCCUCCAUUCCUCAAAUUGCCUACUCCAGUGCUAUGGACAUUGUGCACGAACGUGCCGGACCGCUAUCGGACCUGGACAGGUCGCCACCGGCGGACCGUCCCAACAGGGACGGAAAUGAUGAAGCAAACAGCUUCAACUCUGUCGCGGAUCGGCAGACAAUCGAGAGCGCGACUGGCAGCACGUUGCCAGGCGCAUCUUCAGAAACAUCGUUGUUGUUCGAAAACAUUCUAAAAGAGACACACCACUUUACGCCGUCAUGGCAUGGACGCCCCGCCCUGCAGCCAAGUGUGCGGAGCGUAUCAAACUCCCCGGAGGCUAGUCCUCCACAAGCUCCCAAUCACCAUGCGGCGACACUUCCCCCCUCUUGCAUCGGACCCCCCUGCAAUUCACCCAGCCGAGUGUCCUUGUGA